AUGGGAUACAAAUGGGAUUUAGAUAAGAAGAUAGAGUUCCUUGGUGGAUCAAAGGUGUCGACAUGGGCAAUCAACUGCUCGUUGUAUCAUGAGAGAUUGCCUGAGGGCUCGACAAGUACUCCAAGAGAGUUCCAUCUCAUCACCUUUAGCGAAAAGACAAAGAAGAGCUACAUCGUCUCUCUGACAACUGUUGUCGAGGCAGAUCGCGACAUCUUAGCAAUAAUCGAAAAGACAAACAGUUACAAGAAGAAACAGACACAUGAGAUCACUGGCGCAAAGUAUGAACUUGGAGACUUUGUAAUAAGGCUGGGGCCUGUUCAAUUACGUGCUGAUGUAAAGGCGAUUGUGAUGGAGGUUGAGUACGCACCUUGUUUAAUGACUUCAUCACUGGGAUUCAAUUGCACAAAGUUACUACAAGAGUUCAUCGUUGGAUAUCUUGGCUUUGCACCCGAGCAAGUUCAGACCACCUACGACUUUAGCGCAUACCAACAAUCACUUCAUCCAAUUCACUACUCUGACAUGCACACCGCCAUCCAAUACGUCAACCUUUGCAAGAGUCUAGCAAGAUGA